AUGCUGAUCUUUCUAUACACACUCUUGAUUUUCCAUCAUCCUUAUGCGAAGGCGGAAAACAAUCCUUGCCAAAUGAUGGGAGACCCUAAAUACCCGCUGCUGUACAAGAAUGGAGAUAUAACUUUUGGGGGACUUUUUGCAAUACACAGCAAAGAAACCUUAUCUUCAUUUGAGUUUACGCAGAAACCUCAGGUUUUAUCAUGCUCCAGUGUGAAUCUAAGAGAUUUUCGUCUGGCUCAGAUUAUGACAUUUGCUAUUGAGGAGAUUAAUAGAAGUGCAAUUUUGCUCCCUAAUGUUUCUAUUGGCUACAAAAUCUUUGAUACCUGUGCUUCAAGAUUGUCUUCUAUGAGUGCAACUAUGGAAGUGAUGAAUGGACAGGAGUUUUCAGAAGAAGAUAAAUGCAAUGGACACACUCCUAUACAUGCUAUCAUAGGAGAAACAGAGUCUUCUGCCACAGUGAUUCUGUCCAGAACUACAGGACCUUUUAAAAUCCCAGUGAUAAGUCACUCAGCAACAUGUGAAUGUCUCAGUAAUAGGAAAGCUUACCCAUCAUUCUUCAGAACUAUUGCUAGUGAUUAUCACCAGAGCAGAGCACUUGCAUACAUAGUCAAACACUUUGGCUGGUCUUGGGUUGGAGCUGUGAACAGUGACAAUGAUUAUGGAAACAAUGGAAUGGCCAUCUUUCUUCAUACAGCCAAAAAGGAGGAGAUAUGUGUAGAGUACUCUGUGAAAUUCUACCGAACAGAGCCUGAAAAACUCCAAAAAGCAGUAGACAUAAUAAAAAAAGGCACUGCAAAAGUAAUUGUUGCAUUUAUUUCAGUGUUUGAGAUGGGAUUACUUAUUGAGCAGCUACGUAUUCAGAACAUUACAGGCCUCCAAAUUAUUGGUGUGGAGGCAUGGAUAACUUCAAAGAGUUUGAUCACUCCAAACACAUUUCAUGUUCUUGGAGGGUCACUGGGGUUUGCAGUAAGAAAAAUUGCUGUUGAAGCGUUUUCCGAUUAUGUUACAAACGCAUUUUGGGAGACAGUUAUUCCAUGUUCACAGAGCGAUGACAAUUCAUGUAAAACUGAACUUAAUUGCAGCAGAUAUCAGGAUCUACUUGUUUUGAGAUGUUACAAUGAAGAUGUGCCUGAACAAAGAUUUUCAAGCAAUGUCUACAAAGCAGUUUAUGCUGUGGCUCAUGCAGUACACAAUAUGCUCAAGUGCAAAGAACAUAAUGGUUGUGAUCAAGACCUGACAAUACAACCACAUCAGAUUGUUGAGGCUCUAAAAAAAGUCAACUUCACUGUGAAGUUUGGCGAUCGUGUGUGGUUUGACAACACUGGUUCAACAGUAGCACAGUAUGAAGUUGUGAACUGGCAGCAGGACUCUGAUGGAUCAAUUCAGUUUAAAGCAGUGGGUUACUAUGAUGCCUCACUGCCCCCUGACCAGCGCUUUGUGCUUAACACUGAAAACAUCAUCUGGGCUGGAGGACAGCUGCAGCCAAGGUCUGUGUGCAGUGAGAGUUGUCCUCCAGGCACUAGGAAGGCUGGACAGAAAGGAAGACCUGUCUGCUGUUAUGACUGUAUUCCAUGUGCAGAUGGAGAAAUCAGUAAUGAGACAGAUUCAAAUAACUGCAUGCAGUGUCCAGGGGAAUUCUGGUCUAAUGCUGAAAAAAGUAAAUGUGUGUUAAAGGCUGUAGAGUUUCUGUCAUUCACAGAAGUUAUGGGUAUAGUGUUGGUCUUUUUUUCACUGUUUGGAGUAGGAAUAACUGUACUUUUGGCCAUUCUGUUUCAUAAUAAGAGGGACACCCCCAUAGUAAAAGCCAACAACUCAGAGCUGAGCUUCCUGCUGCUCUUCUCAUUGACUCUGUGUUUUCUCUGUUCGCUUACUUUCAUUGGUCGCCCCACUGAGUGGUCCUGUAUGUUACGUCACACAGCGUUUGGGAUCACUUUUGUCCUCUGUAUCUCCUGUGUUCUGGGGAAAACAAUUGUUGUGUUAAUGGCCUUCAAGGCCACACUUCCAGGAAGUAAUGUCAUGAAAUGGUUUGGGCCUGUACAACAGAGACUCAGUGUUCUUACCUUUACACUUAUUCAGGUUCUUAUCUGUGUGCUUUGGCUAACAAUAUCUCCUCCUUUUCCCUAUAAAAAUAUGAAAUUUUAUAAAGAGAAGAUCAUUCUUGUCUGCAGUUUAGGAUCAUCUGUAGGUUUUUGGGUUGUACUGGGUUACAUUGGUCUACUGGCUCUCUUGUGCUUCAUUCUGGCUUUUCUGGCUCGGAAGCUGCCUGAUAACUUCAAUGAAGCUAAAUUCAUCACAUUCAGUAUGCUCAUAUUCAGUGCUGUGUGGAUCACAUUUAUUCCAGCUUAUGUCAGUUCCCCUGGAAAAUUUACUGUAGCUGUGGAGAUAUUUGCCAUUUUAGCCUCAAGCUUUGGUUUAUUAUUCUGUAUAUUUGCACCUAAAUGUUACAUCAUCCUGUUUAAGCCCGAACAAAAUACAAAACAACAUUUAAUGGGAAAGUCACAAACCAACUCCUACUGA